GAUGCUGCUGCAGUCUGCAUCCCUGAUAAAACCCGUCCCAAGUCAUGUAGUUAUUACUUAGUACAUCGCCAUUGACAAAAGAAGACAAAUCCACUGGCCGUUGAAGUUUGAAGCGUUCAAAGCAGCCGGGGGUAAAACAGCGGCUGCCUCUGGUCUGGUUAGGAUACUGGUCCACCGGGUGAUGGACGAGCACACUGAUCCACAGGGUCCUCAGCAUCUCGGAUGUUUUACGCGGUCCUUCCAGUCAAAAAGACUCAAGUGACCGAAAAAAAAUAGGACGUCUACCGGUUUAUUUUAUGUGCGCUAGAUUGCCAAACUGCUGCAGGUAUAGCCACUCAGCACUUUGCAGUGCAGGAUUCCCGUGCAGAGGAGAGAAGACCGGAGCACGGACACUUUCACCGGAGCACCGACACUUUCACCGGGCAGCAGCAGCCAGCAGACACCCGCCAAAACCAGUCCAUCUGAGAGCUAUUGUCUGGUGGAACGGAAACUGAACUCUUGUUUCACUUGAGAAAUGUGAAAGGAAGUCUCAAUGACCUUGUAAGAUGUUUUCACACCACAGAGAAAGGGAGCAGCCGUUCUUCAGCGCCCGGGCCCAUGUGUUCCAGAUCGACCCGAGCACCAAGAGGAACUGGAUCCCUGCCAGCAAGCAUGCCGUCACCGUGUCCUUCUUCUACGACGCCAACCGCAACGUGUACCGCAUCAUCAGUGUGGGCGGGACCAAGGCCAUCAUCAACUGCAGCAUCACACCCAGCAUGACGUUCACCAAGACGUCCCAGAAGUUUGGGCAGUGGGCGGACAGCCGGGCCAACACGGUGUACGGCCUGGGCUUCGCCACCGAGCAGCAGCUGCACCAGUUCUCUGAGAAGUUUAAGGAGGUGAAGGACGCGGCACGCCUGGCCCGCGAUAAGUCUCAGGACAAGGAGCUGGCCAACACCGCGCUCAGCAUCGCCGCCCCGCAGGACCUCUCUGAUGAGCUGCAGUCGCCACCGGUGAUGUGCAUCAACGGGCCCGAGGACAAGCUGUUCCGCAGCCAGAGCGCCGACAUCACCUUGUCCUCCGAGAAGGAGCGCAUCAAGAAGAUGCUCUCCGAAGGGUCAAUCUGUGAGAUGAAUCUGGAGGCUGAGCUUUUCACACUGCAGGACAGCAACAACAAGCUGGUGGCGGCGCUGCACGAGGCUAACGCCAACGUUGAGCAGUGGAAGAAACAGCUCGCGGCCUAUCAGGAGGAAACAGAGAGGCUACGCGACCAGGUGUCAGAGUUGGAGACGCAUGGGGGCCACGGCCCCAGCGACCUACUGAAAGACGAGCUCACCCAGUCCCUGGAGGAGCUGGAGGCCCUGCUGAAGGCCAAGGAUGAGGAAAUUCACAUCUUGCAGAACAAGAAACUGGAGUACCAUGAGAUGGAACGUGACCGGGAUGAAGCCAUGCACAGACUGCAGGAAAUGGAAAUGCGCAACUCAGAUCUGGAGAGGCGCGUCCAGAACUCUGAGCAGAAUCUUAACAACUCUCUAGAGGAGCGGGACCGCACGGACAACGAGAUCCAGCGAUCCAUCGAGAUCCUGGACAUAAAGAUCUUUGACCUCAACGACCUGCGACAGAGCCUGGUGAAGCUCAUCGAUAAAUGAGCUUGGUAGAGCAGGCCACAAAUGCACUGCUGUGGAGGUGGGACGGGAGACGAGCGAAAGGAAGGGGAAAUUAGCAAUAGGCUCAUGUUAGUGUCAUGUUAAGCAAUACAGGAAAAGACAAAAGAGAAAUGACCCAGAUGGAGCUCGUCCUGCACCGUCUCAAGCCCAGGACCCCCGUCUGAUCUGGACAGCUGGUCUCGGCCUCUGUUGUGCCACAGUGUCUCUACCGUCACCUCUAAGCUUGUUAAGCCACCAACAUGUUGGGGUGGAAAACUGCUGUUUGUCUCAAUGUUUUGCUUAUCGCUGGCAUCCCUUUUUUCAAGAGUAACGUUCAAUACAAUAACUAACUUUUAAGUGCUACACAGUGUUAGACACUUAUUGUCAAGAACUGGUGCUUGUAGUGUUUCAUACUUUUUAGGGGACAUGUUUUUUUUAUAGUUAAGAAUGGGUUGUCCAGGUGAAAGCUUUAGCAUCCGUGGUGUGUGUUUGAGUAGAAAGGAAGGAACAGUUGGUUAAAGAAUUUAAUCUGACUCAGCAUGCAUAGCCCAUAAGGUGUAUAAUAGCCCAUGCUUGAAUACUGCAAUAAGGUCAGCAUUCAGUGUUCAGUAUUAUCAGUAAAAAACAAUAUAUAUAUACAUUUAUUUGGAUGUAUAACAAUAUCUUCAGUUACACAAACACAUACACACACACACAGUAGUGUGUGUGUGUAUCCAAUGUCAAGGAUGUCUUCAUGGGUUGGCAUGCUACUAGGAUAAUGUAUAACAAGUAGAAGAAGUAUUUGCAAGUGAUUCAUCUGCACAAAAGUUCUAGAAACCAAAGAUCAGGUCCUUUGAAGAGCACAUCGUUGAGUCAUGAGGAGUUUUAGCUGAAGCUUGAAGCCUGAUUUCACAUUCUUGUUUAGGUUCAUGGGAACUGAUAAUAUUCUAAGAUUAGUACAUAACUCUUGAAAAGUAAACCUGCUUGUGAAUAGUUUAGAGACAUGGAAAUAUAUUUCAAACAUUUUAAGUUAAUGUGAAUAUAGCUGUUAUAUGCUGACGGUUUGAAACAUUUGAAAACACUUUUACUCAAUAAUGAAAUUGCUACCGAAUAUUCUGCUAGUCGAAAUCAUCGAUAUAAAGACAGCUUUCAUAUUGUGUGAUGCAAAGAUUGUGUUGUUUAACAUAGUCUCUGGGCUAUGUUUAUAUGUUUAACAAGCCUUUAUUCUGAAACUGUUUUACAGUUAUAGUGUCAGCUUCUGGUAUUUUGCACUGGACUGGGAAAUAAAAGCUAAAACCACAACUCAAGAAUGGUUUCACGUUUGUUUGUAUUUUCUGAGGCCAUUGGCAGUCAUGCAGUGGCCCA